GGUUAGGCGUGACAUAUAAGUGUUCGCAGUUACGAUACUCGUGUAAACCUCUUUUUUUUUUUACUAUGUCGAUUUUCUCGGAACCUGUUGAGAAAUUGCGCGCUUUGCUGCGGACAAUGGCGAACGCGAUAAUUCGGUAUUUAACUGCGGUAUUCCUGCCGCACGCCGGAGAUCGCAUAGUGCCCAAAAGAGUGAAUUAUCAUUUCACCAGAGCUUGUAAUUACCGUUGCGGUUUUUGUUUUCACACCGGCACAACGUCGUUCGUGUUGCCCGUCGAAGACGCCAUGCGCGGGUUAGGACUGUUGAAAGACGCCGGAAUGGAGAAAAUCAAUUUCUCCGGCGGCGAACCUUUUAUCCACCAACGCGGUCGGUUCGUUGGCGAACUGGUCGCUUAUUGUAAGCGCACGCUGGGUUUGGACAGCGUGUCGAUCGUGAGCAACGGCGACGUCGAGUGCCUGGUGCCGGAAACGAAUGCACUCAUGAAAGACAGUUAUCUUAUCCUGGACGAGUACAUGCGAUUUUUGAACUGUCGCGGCGACGCAAAGGAACCGUCAAAGUCGAUUCUGGACGUCGGCGUGAACAACGCACUCAUGUUCUCGGGCUUUGACGAAAAGGCGUUUAUUGAAAGGGGAGGGUUGUACGUGUGGAGUAAGCCUAAACAGUAUAAUAAUUUGGAUUGGUAAUCGAUUCAUUUUUGUAUUUUUUUUUUUUUUUGGUUUUGUUUUCAAUAUACAAUGAUCGAUUUUUUUUUUAUAAUUUGCCCAAUAUUUGUACGUUGGUCACCUGAGAGGCCUCUGACUAUCCAAGUCCGCUUUUUAGGAAAAUGAGAUUUUGUCGCUUGCUUAUAUCAAGUUAUAAACUCUUGUGUAUUUUGUUAUGAGGAUCUAAGUUCUAUUGGUAAUUAUUUAGGAGUUACAAACGAGGAAGUAAAUGGAGUACCUAAUUGUUGUAAAACUAAUUAAAAGUGGAUCAUAUUAUUAGCUUAAGUUUAAAAUGUAUUUUUGCUUCUCAUGAAAAGUUUCAUAAAUGGACUUGGAUUGUUAUGCGUCUCAGAUACAAAGCUUUAGAAUGCAAACGACUGCCAAAAUGUUUAAAACGCUAAUCGAUGCAUUUAGUAUUAUUAGUUUUUAUACGUUUCUCUUAGCUUAUCAAUUCAAUGCUUGUAUAAUUAUUUAGCAUUAUGUUUGUCAUAUG